UACUCUCUCGCGUUGGUAAGACAAAAUCGCGGGGUCAAGUUUCUCGAGCUCAUGCAGAUUAGCCCCACGCGGCAAGAUGUGAUUUGUGUGGACCGUGACGCUGACUUAAAGGCAACUUUUUAGGGCACCCCUCAUCAUACGAUGUGGACUAUUAAGCCCGAUGUCGACGUCAGUCGAAGCUGCAAAUACCUCAGCUUCCGGAUUUCUUGUCCAGAAACUCGAGAAGAAAGCAGAAGGUGGUAUGCUACAUGUAACGUGGAAUAACAACUCUAUGAAUCGCUAUCCUUUUGCGUACCUCCGCGAUAACUGCCAAUGCUCGGAGUGCUUCCACGAAUCAGCCUACCAGCGAUCAUUUGACACUGUGGGCAAGUUAGAUCUAAAAAUUUUACCAGAGAACUACGACGUGAGGUUAGAUGGGAAGGAGAUAGUCAUUGCGUGGCCCGACGGACACGUUAGUGUGUUUGACUCAGACUGGCUGCACUCUCGUCGACUGGUCGACGCGAAGGAUGAUCCAAGCAGCGUAAUGCUCCCUUAUCUUAAUAAGGAGGGGGUAGAGUUUUGGAAUGCUGAAACACUGCAGGGAAAAGUUCCUAAGCUUGAUUUUAAGGAUCUCAUGGAGGAUGAUGGCGCACUUUUUGAUUGGCUCAAAAUCUUACACAGUGUAGGAAUUGCUUUGGUGGUUAACACCCCUCUGGAGGUGGAACAAGCAGAAAAACUCCGUGAUAGGGUUGGAUAUUUUAAGACAACUCACUAUGGGCAUUAUUUUGAUGUGAAAGCAAAAUAUGAAGCAAAUAACUUGGCAUAUACUUCAAACUUUUUGCCACUGCAUACUGACCUGCCUUACUAUGACUAUAUACCAGGGGUUCAGAUGUUGCACUGCAUUGAACAAGCCACUGGUACAGGCGGAGCAAACCAGUUUGUGGAUGGCUUCUUCGUUUCACAGGAGCUGCGAAAUAAAGAUCGCAAAAAGUUCGAUAUCCUGACAAAGACGCGAAUCCAGUUUGUUGACAUUGGAAAGGACAUGUUUGGAGAUUUUUACUACAAAUUUGCUCGACACAUGAUUGAGUUGGAUAAGAACGGCCAAAUUGUGCGUUUUGCCUUCAGCAACCAUGCGCGAGACUCUGUCGUGCUCAACUCCACCCCUGAGGAGACUGUUCAACUUUACGAAGCUUAUCUUACUCUGGGCAAGAUGUUAAGAGAACCGGCCAAUCAAAUAGAGCACAAAAUGGUUCCCGGGGAUAUGAUCACCUUCAACAACAGUCGCGUGUUGCAUGGGAGAUCGGCGUUUACUGUCCAAGGGGGACAAAGUCGGUUCCUUCGCGGCAUCUACUUGGAUUGGGAUAUUAUGUAUUCUCUCAUGAGAGUGCUGGCGAAAAAGCUGAACAUUCCGCUAUCGUACUAAAGCAUACUACAUCUUCUUGGAGGUAAAACACACAUGAAUGGCCCUUGAAACAUGAUCGAGGUGAACAGAAAAAGGAAAUAAACUCGUUUCGAUUAUUUACGGGAUUUUUAGGUAAUAACUCAUGUUUCGAUAUGAAAUAUUAUUAGGAAAUAUUUCAACAUACUUCGCUGAAGUCGACACACUGAAUGCAUGUGGCUUUUCGUGAAUUUCGUACAAGAAAUGUUAGUCGGACCGGAAGCUGUUUUUCCGUGUAGAGAUGUAAAAUUAUAUUUAGUCCUGGUUUGGUUUGUAAUGGGGGUAGAAUGCAUCGUGUCAUAUAUAGCGGGAUUAGAGGUUGUAAGAACUUAUGCUUAGCCAGAACGUAUCCGGUUUGAUUGGCUUUAGAAUGGGGUAGAAUGCAUUUUGAUAUAAAUAUGGCGAGUCAGAGCUGGAAGAAAUGGUGCUGAACGAGGAAUUUAAGUUUA